AUAUCCAAAUUAUAAGUUCCCACCGUACUUUCAAUAAUAUUUUUUGUAAAUUUAAAAUAAAAAUGAAGUGAUUUAGAAACCUCGGCAUUAUUCGGAUAUCCGGUGAAGAGAGGGGGUGGUAGUGCGAAUUUAAAUUUGCCAAUAAUUUACAGAGAUAAGGACUUUUAUCAGUUUAUAUAUAGCAAUUCACAGGAGGCAUCGUGGGUCAAUCAUACAAAAUUGUACUAAGAAUUUCUAAAGGUUUAAACUAAUCAGCAUAUCUUGUAUGCAUUGCUUGAGCAUGAACUGAAUAAAUGCGAAUUGUAUAAUAAGUAGUGUAAAGUGGACAUCCCUGUAAAAAAAUUCGUUGGCAUUUUUUUUAAGAUUAUUAUUAAUGUUUUAUCUAAUUCUCUUAACAUUCUUUAAAAUUCCCUUUAAUACUUUUUAGAAAAACAUAUAUCGUCUUAUUAUUAUUAUUAUUAAAUUAUUAUAACCACGACGAUCUAUGAUGUAAUAUGUUAGUAAUGUCUUAAUUCUUAUACACCAUUUUAUAUAACAAAAACAACUUCAUGUUAUGACUUAGGAAAUAGUACUUUUUAAUGUUAUUAUGUCUGAGAAACUAUCUUUUUAGAUUUUCUAUAACUUAGCAAUUUGUAAUGUGUACAGUUAUUUUGACGCUUAACAAAACGUGAGGUAACUUUUAAAUUUAGAGAAAAUUUUAAAUAAUUGUGACUGCCACCUGUACCUGUGUUGAAUUUGAACAAACAAUCUUUUACAAUGAAGGAAGAAAUUCAAAAAUCCUACGAUCGUUUUUGUACGUUUAUGGAGAAAAAUACUUUAGGAGCAGAAAUUUGUUGCUAUGGAGUUGCAUUAACAGGAUUAACCAUUGCUCUAAGAAGAGUUAGACCAUUUAGUAAAUUUAAAAAGCCUUCUGAUGUACCCAAUAGAUUUAUUAGAGAGAAAAAGGAAUUGAUAGGAACCAUACAGCGAAUAGAACCAAAUGGUGCUUUAUUAAUGUUUCAACAUAAACCUCCUUUUACAUUACCUUUUACAAGAGUAGGAAGUUUGCCUGUAAAAAUAGCAGGAAUAGAAGUCUCAGGAUUGGGCAUAAGUUGGUUACAAACCAUCGUGGCUGGUAGAGAAGUCACUUGCAUCCCCAUUAAGAAAUGCAAAAAUUUUGUUGAAUGCACAGUGACCUUGCAACAAAAAACUCUAGAUGUAAGUGAUGAUGAUUUAUCUAUUUUUAGGAGGUGUCACCUUACACUAAGCUAUUUUUAAUAAAAUAUUGGUUAUUAACAGUAGUUUGAACUCAAUUGUCACAUACAGUUAAAUUAAAAUAUUCCACAGAAAAUUUAUCAGGAGAAGCUGACAUCUUUUUACAAGAGAGUAAUAAUGUGUAAAAAAUUUUAAAUUGAUUCUUCUUUUAAAUAUUGAAUAACUAUUGACUCUCCAGAGAUCCAGUUUGAAGACUGGUUGAAUAUGUAGCUUCACUCCUUACUAUUCUGUUUUCCCUCUUCUUGUCUCUCUUUACUCCUGUUUCUGCAUAUAAUAUGUUUCUAACCAGCCUUUCAUGUCUCGGAUGCCCUUCAAUUUGAUCACUCCUUUUCCUUAUUAACUACUAUAGCAUCCUCUACUCUCCUACUUUUACCUAAUUAAAUCUUCUGUGUAACUAUUAAUAUAAAAUGUAAAUUAACAAAUACAGUUUCUGAUUCUGUUCUAAAAUGUCCUUUGAAUUUCUUCAAUAAUACUUCA